AUGUCCUCUCUCCCACCCAGGCCAAAACCCUGGGAGACAAAAACAGCAGCAGAGGCAUCCAUCCCACCAACCACCGCCGCGCCAGCACUCGCCUCUGGGUUUGACGCGGUCGCUGCGUCCUCUUCGUCCGUCGCCCCGCGUCUCCCUGACCGCCCUGCCGGCCUCGGCACUGACGGAUCCGUCGUCCCGGCAUCUGGCGCUUACGGAGCGUCAUCAGCUUACGGCUCGCGUUACGGAGCAACAUCAUCCUACGGCAUGACGCCCUACGGUAUGGGAGGGUACAGCUCGUACUCUAGCCCCAUGUCCCGGAUGGGCGGGUACGGCGGAUACGGCGGUAUGGGAGGAAUGGGCGGUCUGGGAGGCAUGAGCGGCUACGGCGGCUAUGGCUCGUAUGGCGGCGGCAUGGGAGGCUACGGCGGCAUGGGAGGCUACGGUGUUGGUGGCAUGGGUGUCCCCGGCGAGAUGCCCAACUUGACCUCUUCCAUGCAGCAGAGCACUGCACCUGCGUUUGCCAUUAUCGAGUCUCUCGUGACAGCGUUCACUUCGCUCGCACAGCUUGUCGAGAGCACAUACAUGGCAACCCACUCGAGUUUCUUCGCCAUGGUCGGUGUCGCAGACCAGCUCGGCAGCCUCAAGACAUAUCUGGGCCAAGUGCUGGGUGUCUUUUCAAUCCUCCGACUCGGCCGCCGCAUCAUCAACUGGCUGCGGGGGAAGAAGAACCCCCCCAACACCGAAGGCUGGGCCAACGAGUGGUCUGCCGCACUGGCCGGUGGCGGUAUGCCCGGUGCGGCUGCUCCUCGCCCAAGCGCCAAGCCCCUUAUUCUCUUCCUCUUGAGCGCCGUUGGACUCCCCUACCUCAUGAGCAGGCUGGUCAAGCUGCUCAUUGCCAACCAGCAACAGCAGGCCGCGGCCAACGGCCAGAUCAUGGACGCCAACGGCAUGAUCGACCCCAGCAAGCUCACCUUUGCCCGUGCCCGCUGGGAGUUCCGCCCCUCUGAGGAGUGGGAGCUUGGACUCCAGCCCGACGAGAUUGUCGCUGUCCUCGAGCAGCGUGAGGGCCAGCAGGGCCAGGCCGGUGACAUGGGCUGGUGGCGCGGACGGACGCGCGAUGGCCGUAUGGGCUGGUUCCCAGGCAACUACGUCGAGGUCAUUAAGAAGCGCGACGUGCCCGGCGGCGUGCCAGGACAGCCAAUGACGCCGAUGCCCAUGUCUCCCGGCGCCAUCCCCGUGUAA